AGAGAGAGAGAGAGAGAGAGAGAGAGAGAGAGAGAGAGAGAGAGAAUCGGAAUUUAGGAGCGGAGAGGUCGAACGGAGUAAAGCCGUUUAAUCAGCCGGAUUUAGCGCGGAAUUCCGGCGGUAGAGGCGCAGCGCCGCCCGGAGCUCCUCCAGAAUGGCUCUGCUGGGAGCCGCGGUCCGCUUUCUCCAGAUCUCCAGGUGUGGAGGCAGUGCCAGCCUGUGUGCCAGCGCCCCUCUCAGAUGGCAGUCCACCGCCACCGCCGCCGCCUUCGCCAGCCCACCUGCCCCCGAUGCCCAGGAGAGCAGAAAACCCAAGACGGGGAUCCUCAUGCUGAACAUGGGUGGACCAGAGAAACUGGAAGAUGUUCAUGAUUUCCUGUUACGGCUUUUCAUGGACACGGAUCUGAUGCAGAUUCCUGUACAGAACAAACUCGGCCCUUUCAUAGCCAAGCGCCGAACCCCAAAGAUCCAGGAACAGUACAGUAAGAUAGGAGGAGGAUCUCCCAUCAAAGCCUGGACCACCAUGCAGGGGGAGGGCAUGGUCAAACUACUGGACGAGAUGAGCCCUGAGACCGCUCCCCACAAGUUCUAUAUCGGGUUCCGUUAUGUUCACCCGCUGACGGAGGAGGCGAUCGAGGUGAUGGAGAAGGAUGGAGUGGAGAGAGCUGUAGCGUUUACCCAGUAUCCCCAGUAUAGCUGCUCCACUACAGGCAGCAGCCUGAAUGCCAUCUACAGAUACUACAGCAGUAGAGACACCAGGCCGAAGAUGCGCUGGAGUGUGAUUGACAGGUGGCCCACCCACCCACUACUGAUUGAGUGUUUUGCUGAGCAUGUGCGUAUAGAGCUGGAGAAGUUUCCUCCGGAGAAGAGGGACGACGUGGUGAUUCUGUUCUCGGCUCACUCCCUCCCCAUGUCUGUUGUGAACAGAGGAGACCCGUACCCUCAGGAAGUUGGUGCUACAGUGCAGAGAGUGAUGGAGAGGUUAGGACACUGUAACCCGUACCGUCUGGUCUGGCAGUCCAAGGUGGGACCGAUGGCUUGGCUCGGGCCACAGACUGAUGAGGUCAUAAAAGGCUUGUGUCAAAGAGGGAAGAAGAACCUGCUGCUGGUCCCCAUCGCCUUCACCAGCGACCACAUCGAGACCCUCCACGAACUGGACAUCGAGUACUCCCAGAUCCUCGGAGAGGAGUGUGGGGUUGAAAACAUCAGGAGAGCAGAGUCGCUGAACGGAAACCCACUGUUCUUUAAGGCGUUAGCUGACCUGGUGAAGACUCACCUGAGCUCUAAUGAGCCGUGCUCUCGGCAGCUCACCCUGCGCUGUCCUCUGUGUGUGAACCCCACCUGUGGACAGGCCAAAGCCUUCUUCUCCAGCCAGAAGCUCUGACCCUUCACCCCUCACCUCUGACCCCUUCAGGAUAUGAGGAGAACAUUGUGCAACUUGCCUAAUUAAAAAAAAAAUAGACAAAAAAUAGCAGAACAUGGAGCUCCGAACAGAACAAACCGAUUCCAUUGCUCACGUUAUAAAAGACCCUGAUCACCCGAUCUGACCGAGCCGGGCCGCCCCAUUGGCCGCUGAUGUGCUGUGCUUUAAACCAAUCGUUUUCAGUCAGCUGUAGAGAAAGAGCUUGUGAGGAACAGUCUGGAGGCGUUGUGUUUUCUGGGAUCUCUGUUUUCUGCUAACAUUCCUCUGGAGAUUUGCGAGAUUUGAGUGCCUUCUGAGAUCUGCUACAGUAAAGCCUAAAUAACGUCCAUUCUUAUGGAGCUUAAAAGCUAAAACUACUAUUUGAGUCUGAAUUAUGUGUACUUUAAAAUAAAUUAACUGACUUUUAAUAACCUUGAUAUGUUCAAUGGUAUAAUUUAUACAAUUUGGCAAUGGUUUUUGUAUUUUUUGAACGUGAGGUGCUGAAAUUUGCUGUCAGUAGAUAAAAAACAAAUCAGAUCCGUAAACUCUAUAUCAGACUGUGAGAGUGAUCAAAGCAUUGUUAAUAUUUCAACGUACGAAUUACGCCAUUAAAUAUUUCAAAUGUAUAAAAAAAACAAGUAAAUAUACAAAAUACAGAUUCAAAUACGUAUGUCACUUUUUAAGCUCCAGUUGAUCUAAACAAAAUCGCAGGUGUAAAAGGUCCCAAAAAAGAAAAUUUGGCACCCAUUACAGGAAUUUGAGGCUUCCAUUCAACAAUAGAAGAAAAAAAAGAAUUGGUGUUGUGCCGAAAUCUGACUCCCCUAUUGGUACAACAAAUUACGCCUGUAAUUCCUGUAUCUAUUGAAACUACUGAAGUCAUAGCGUAGAUUGAAAUGGACUUUGGGUGUAUAAAAAUGUGAUAAAAACCACUAACCUUUGUUGAAUAGUCCUCCUCCGCUCUCCUGCAGCUUUCUGAGAUCCAGUAUUUUUUGUGCACUUUGCCCAAACAGGCUUUAGAAUGGGUUUAAUUGGGGCAUAUUCUUGCGCCUGCAGAUGAAUCGCUUUUUCCACCGUUAUUCUGUUCAAAGUAGCUCCAGAGAGCCCUGAUAUUUAAAAGGAGGCAUUUCGAAACGUUAAAACUGCACAAGAAGUUUAUUAAAAACCACUGUUUACAUCCCAUAGUGAAGGUAAUUCUCCGAGUGCCGCCGUCUUAAAUUUAAGUCACAGUAAGUCAUCCAUCGAGCACGAAUAGUAAACAGGUGAGCCCAUGUGCUAAUAAAAGAAGGUAGUUAUCUGUAGAACUUGCAGCAAGUUGUGCCAUGCCUCCUGCAUAUGUUGUACAGGCUCCACCCCUUGCCUGAACCGAGUUGAGCAUUUCCUGUAAAGCGAAACGUGUGAACGGACAGAUCGGGAUCAUUUCCAGACCUGAAAGAAAAUGACUUGUUUGAAAGACUUUUCAUGACUUUGAUAAGGCCUGUUUGACUUCUACUUGUGAUCCAUGUUCUUCUUCGCACAACAGCGUUUGACUUUAUUAUUUUGGUUUUAUUUUUAACUUUAUCUGAAAACUCCUCUCUGACUGGCUAAACGCAGCAUCGCCACCUAGAGGUUGGGAGGAGGGAGGUGUUUAACGCACAGCCCACACACAUUACUUCAUGUGCCUUUUUUCUGUCUUUUGGAGGACUCCAUGGACGAACUUAGCUUCUUAAGUGCUUUAAGUUGUGUUAACAACAAAUGCAAUACUAGCUUUUUUUUCUGUUUUAUUUAUAUUAUUAGAAUCUGAUUAAUUGAAUGUGGUAUGUAUUCUUUAUUUUUUUUUGUUUUGUCAGUUUUUGUGUUUGUGUUAUAGAUAUGCAGAUUUAGCAGUGUGUGUUAAUGAGAUUUGGCCAGUGACUGUAUAUAAGCACGGACACUGUGGUUUAGUCCUCUCAUAUUCUAUAGAAAAUAAGACCGAAUCGAUGCCAGUUUUGUCAAAUUUGUAGCUUCAGAGCAUGGAUUAGAAACCAGAGGCAGAGUAAGACUUACCAUGUACUCAUUUAGUAGACCUGUCCCCCCUUUUUUUUUUUAGAGCAAGUGUCUCAUACUGCCUUCAUUGAGUUUAGAGCAUUUUAGCCUUAAGGACCAACUGGAACCAGAGCAGAUUUUUGUUUUUAGAUUCUCAAUCUGUUCAGUAUGUGCGAUUUCUGUAUAGUCUAACUACACAGACUAACAUAAUAAGAAAACUGUCUGGCUUAAAACUAGUUUGAUCACAUGUUUUUGUUUUUAUGCUGUUUAUAUACUAACAUCAAAAAAACAUAAAAAAAAUUAACGAAAAAAUAACAAAACUGCAAGGAACAAAAACCUUUAUACAGAUCUGUUCACAGAUUUAAUGCAACCAACAGCAUAACACAGCUCAACACAACACAGGAACAUUAAUUCAUAAUAGUAUAAUUCAUUAAUUAACUAACUAGCUAAAUACUUAAGGCUGAUUGGUCAACUGUCACAACUGGCUGCUUAAGCGAAGACUGUCGAUUACUCAAUUGUUUAAUUCUUCUUUUUAAUGAUGUAGCAGAAUUAGGCUUUAAAGACUUCAAUUUUUAGGGGGAAAUGAAAAUGUGCCAAUAUUACCACAGUGACAAUUUACCUGUUUUGAAUCAGAUACCAAAAUGACAUCAGAUGAGAUGGGUGGAGCUACAAAUCAUACACAUCAAAUGUCAUUGUUCCAGAGUUGCCCAGAGCUAAGCUAGCAGAGGCGCUAGAUAGACCUGCUAGACCUGUGGUGGCAUCAUUUCUGAGAGAUGCUGCUGUGUCCGUGCUUUUCUACAGUCAUUGGUUUUGUUUUUUGCUGACACCACUAAGCGUCUAAUUAACGUAAUUAAGGAAAUUGGUGAAAAGCUGAGGUUUGUGAGGUAUUUAUUUAUUUAAUCUCCAGUCUGUGAGCACUGAUGAGCGUGCAAAACGCUGUGGCAUAUUUCUCUGUGAGCUGAAAUCAGUCUUCCGCUGUUGGCCAAUAAAGAAGCAGGAAAGAAUUUCGUCCAGUGUAGCAGAUCCCGCCUUUGUGUCAUUCCAUUUCAUUGUCUCUCUCUCUCUCUCUCUCUUUCUAUCUCUCUUUCUCUCUCUCUCUCUCUCUCUCUCUCUCUCCAUCCCUCCCUAUAGCAUGUCCAAGCUACUGUUGAUUAAGCUGAGAGAAAUUGGUUGUCCUGGACCCAAUAACCCCUCAGAGGAGUGGCUGACUGUGUGUGUGUGUGUGUGUGUGUGUGUGUGUGUGUGGGAUGCUCCAGGGGCCAGCGGGAGCCUCCUGGUAAUUGAAAAGCGAGGACGCCGGCUCUACUGAGCAGUGUGACCUCUAAUUGAGAGGGGAGCGAUUGAUUUCUCCAACGUGAGAGAAACGAAGAGAGAGAGAGAGACGGAGGGAAGAAUAGGGGGAUGGUGUGGUUCAGAGAAUGGGAGGAGGGGAAAACAGGGGAAAGAAUGAAAGAAUUGUGAACGUUGAUUCCCGAGAGGUGAAGAAAGACCGACCGUGGGGAGAGGUGGAAUAGAUAGACGUGAAGAAAGAGAGAGACAGUGCGAGAAAGAGAAAGAGAGAGGGGACAAUAGGAAAUUUUGUGACUCCCUAGGGUUACUAGAUAGAACCCAAGAAUUGCAUUUGCAUAUCAUCGCUGUCCAAUGAAAAACACUUAUCUCCAAAACAGCAACUUUACAUGAGAGAGAAAAAAGCUUGUAAACUUUCAAUGGAAGUCAAUGUAAAAAAAAAGAGUUUAUUUCAGGUCAUUUUGAAGAGUUUCUAUUGGUUUGUUCAUUAAGAAAUUUUGGCACAGUGUGAGGGACAGUUUCUGUUCAAAUUAUUAUUAGUAGUAAACUAAAAAUCGCCAAAAAUGGAGAUAAUUGUUUUUCAUAGGACAGCAACGAUAUGCAUACACUCAUUGACUUAAAAAGGCACAGGAAAUUCCUUUAAAACUAAAACUAACAUGCAGUUAUGUGCAGUAAAUGAUUACAGGUAUUCUCUAAGAGGCAACUUUUGAGUAGUGUACCCCACACCCACACACAGCAAAGGUUUUCCAAUACUGUCUCUGUCAAAUGAUCACUUCCUUGGCCUUUCGAGUUGGUAGAUUUCUUUCUAAUCCAGCAUUUAUGGAGCAGCUGGGGCUCUGCAGCUUCAGCCUCAACCUACGAGUGUAGAGCUACAGGAUCUACAGGCCCAGCUGUAGAAACAUCUGUGGGUAAAUGUGCUGCAGGAUCCAUACAGAACCUGUAGAACCUCCAAACCCAACCCUCUCAAUCUCAUCUUAUAUCCAGCAUAGAGGACCUACAUUUAAAAUGCAUUUCAGCAUUUUAAAAUGCAAAAUCAGCUUUCUUUUGUCAAUGAGUGUAUUUUGAAUUUUUCUGGUUUGAACACUGUUCUAAAAUGUAUGGCCUUUAGAAACUUCCUGAAAGAUUAUUGAAGGAUUCCUCAUGCUGUCUCUUUAUGCAGACCCUCAAAAAUGGCCUCCAGGAACUUUUGAGGAACAUUUGAAAAACCUUGAUGCAUUCAGAGAGAAACCUGGCCUUUAUUUUCUUGAAACAUGAAACUUGUGUUUGUCAUGUUCCUCAAUGGCUCCUUAAAGGCCCUUCAUUUUUUUAAUUAGAAUGAGUGCAAAGAAUUUGAAAUAUGUGAUUGCUUGAUUGAUUGCUUGCUUAAUUGGUUGAUUGAUCGAUUUUUUUUUUCAUGAUUAGUUGAAUUAAUGUUCUGCUCUAAGCAGCAGUCUCGCUGACGUACGCACAUGUAGCCUACACUGUAAGGCUUGUACAUUGACUUGACUACUAAAUGUUGAAAAUAAACCCUUUGUUUUGAUUUA